UCCGACCGACCCGGUUCGGUUCUGAUUCGCUUCCUCGGAGGAGCUGAAACAAACCCGUUACGUGAUCCUCCUCCUGGAUUGUUUUUUUUUUUUUUUUUUCAUUAAUUUGAUUGGCACACAGCGGACGGGAGUCGGGGUUUGUGGUUGCCGUGGCAACGGCCUGCUCUUUGUUAAAAGGCUACGUUGCUGGCAUCUCAUGUGUCUGAGCUGCGAUCGAUAAUAAACCCGUCCAGAACCAGCAGAACCUCCACACCACUCAGCUUGCAGAGAGGAGGAAGAGGAUGAUGAAGAUGAUGAUGUGGCAACAGGAGGAAGGAGAGAUUAGAUGGAGAUAGGAGGAGGAAGAGGAGCGCUGCUCCUUCUGCCUCAUCCGGGAUCUUUUCUCUGUCACUCACUGAUAUCAAAGGCUUGUUGGUGAUGUUGCUCUGUUUGCCGUGAUGGUGGGUAAGAGAGCCAUACGGCGCCUCCUGCUGGCCGGCGGCCUGCUGCUGGUCCUGGCCGGCUCCGCCUCUGGCUGCCCCGCGCGGUGCGAGUGCUCCGCCCAGACCAAGUCGGUCAGCUGCCACCGCAAGCGGCUGGCCAGCAUCCCGGAGGGCGUCCCCAUCGAGACGCGCGCCCUGGACCUCAGCAAGAACAAGCUGCGCCUCAUCAACUUCUACAACUUCUCGUCGUUCCUGCAGCUGGAGGACCUGGACCUCAGCGACAACACCAUCAGCGUAGCCGAGCCCGGCUGCUUCCACUCCAACGUGGCGCUGCGCUCGCUCAACCUGCGCAGCAACCAGCUCAUGCUGGUGGCGAAGGGCGUGCUGGCGGGCCUGACCAACCUCACGCACCUGGACCUGAGUCACAACCGGCUGGUGGUUCUGCUGGACCACGCCUUCCAGGACCUGCACCGCCUGACCUUCCUGGAGGUCAGCAACAACCAGCUGGUGUUCAUCUCCCAGCGCGCCUUCACGGGGCUGCUGGGCAUCCAGAGUCUGACCCUGGAGCGCUCCAACCUCACCGUGGUUCCCACCGACGCUUUGGCCCACCUGCACAACCUGCUGGAGCUGCGCAUGCGCUUUCUGAGCAUCAGCUUCCUCAAGCCUUUCUCCUUCAAACGGCUGACUCGCCUGCGCCACCUGGAGGUGGAUUCCUGGCCCCUGCUGGAGAGCCUGCCGCCACUGUCGCUGCACGGCCUCAACCUGACCACCCUGUUCAUCACCAACACCAACCUGUCUGCCUUUCCUGGAGCGGCGCUGCGCAACCUGCUCUACCUCACGCACCUCAACCUGUCCUACUGCCGCAUCCAGCACAUCCAGCAGGGGGAGCUGGGCCCUCUGCCGCAGCUGCUGGAGCUCCGCCUCCAGGGGUCGCAGCUGCUCUCCAUCGAACCCCUGGCCUUCGCGGGCCUGAAGUCCCUCCAGCUGCUGGAUGUGUCCCAGAACCGGCUGGACUCUCUGGAGAGGGCCGUGUUCGCCUCGGCGGACUCCCUGCAGCGGCUCUGCCUGGGCGGCAACCCGCUGGUGUGCGAUUGCCGGUUGCUCUGGUUGCUCAGCAGCCACAAGCCGGCUUCGCUGCAGAUCCUGGACCUGCAGCCGGAGUGCAGCGCACCACAGCACCUUUUGGGCAAAUCCCUACGGGACCUCAAGGAGCCACUGGUGUCAAGGUACAUGACCUGCACCAAGCCGCGGGUCGGCCCCAACGCCACACAGCUGCUGAUGGCCGACGAGGGCCAGCCAGCGCGGCUGAGCUGCACGGCGGAGGGAGCGCCGCGGCCCUCAGUAGUCUGGAUCACGCCGCACAGACGCUACGUCACGGCCAAGAGCAGCGGCCGCGUGGAGGUCCAACCGGACGGCAGCCUGGAGAUCAAGGCGGCGGAGCUGCAUGACAGCGGCGUGUACCUGUGCAUCGCCAGCAACCCGGCGGGCAACGCCAGCCUGUCCGCCUCUCUGGCCGUGAAGAGCCUGGGGACCGGCGACAGGCUCCACUACAGCAACCGCAGCUCCGGCUACCUGACGGAGCCCAACGGCACCUGGGGCAACGGCACGGUGCUGUACAACAUGACGGUCCCCAUCGACAUGAAGACCAUCCUGAUCUCCGCCGCCAUGGGCUGCCUAUCCUUCCUGGGCGUGGUGGUGUUCUGCUUCCUGCUGCUGUUCGCCUGGAGCCGGGGCAAAGGGCGACACAAGAACAACUUCGACAUCGAGUACGUCCCCCGGAAGUCCAACGGCGGCGGCGCAGACGUGGCAGAGACCAGCGGCCCGCGUCGCGUCAACAUGAAGAUGAUCUGACGGACGCUGCGGCUUCAGCCAGAAAACAAAAUGUCUGUUUGUUUUUUUAAUGACAAAGUGGAUUUGUGACAAACGAAAGUGAUGUACUGUUUAGUGGCUGUGGGUCUGACGGUGGUCUAGUGAUCAGUGGACUUGUGAUAUAUGAUGUUCAUAAUGUACACUCAAUAUAAAUCUAUAACCGACAUAUCAAUAUGGGACUGACAUCGUGCUGCGAGUGACUCAGUGACGCGAUGAGUAACGACGUGGCAUCAAGGUGAAGGAGGGACAGACUGCAGCGUCACGACCGAACCGUCCCAUCUCAGCUGCAGCCUGAAAGACGUGUGUGUGGGGGGGUGUGUGUGUGUGUGUUUCUUUGUGCAUGUGCACGCAUUGCCUUUCUCGUGCGGUGGAGCGACUACGCGUUGAGGUCCAAAGUGUUUUUCUUUCUUUCUGGGUUUUUCUACCAGAAGCAGGUGUUUGUAUGCAAACGCGCAAAUGAAUCUACUGACCAAAUGCUGCAGAAACUGUAACAUAGAUCAGCCCCUUGUAGAAAAACUUCUGGUUUUCUAGCCUUGAAAGGCAUUUCAGGAAAACGGGUCUGCUGCUCCACUGCACAGAAACAGAGAAACGGAAAGUCAUGUCGAAUUUUAUAUCAUAAUAAAUCAAAGGCAGACAAAAAGAGUCGGUGGCAAAGAUUUACGGCCGCCGGGCAACUGGACCCUCUGCAGGUUGAUCAGACCGUUUAACCUUGGCCAGGGGGUAGUAAGGAGGUCUGGGGGGCAGUAAGGAGGACUGGGGGGCAGUAAAGGGUCAGGG